CCGCUUCGUGCCCCACUAAUCUCUCUGGACGCCGCCGCCGUCGUCUCGCACUCGACGCGUACGCAACCGAGCCAAGCAGCAGCGCGUCGGCGAUGGCGAGGAGGAGGGGGUGGGCCCGUGGGGCGGCGGCGUUCGCGGUGGUGGUGCUAGCGGUGGCGGCAGGGCGGCGGUACGGGUGGGACGGGGAGUCCGCGGUUGCGGCGUUCCGGCGGGCGCGGGGCGCGCUGGGGCCCUGGGCGGCGCCGGCCUACGUGGCCGCGCACGCGCUCACGCUCGCGCUCUGCCCGCCCUACGCCAUCUUCUUCGAGGGCGCCGCCGCGCUCAUCUUCGGUUUCCUGCCCGGCGUCGCCUGCGUCUUCUCCGCCAAGGUGGUCGGGGCCUCACUCUCCUUCUGGAUCGGCAGGGCAAUUUUCAGAUUCUUCACUUCAGCAAUGGAAUGGCUGGAGAGAAACAAGUACUUCCAUGUAGUGGUUAAAGGGGUUGAACGGGAUGGCUGGAAAUUUGUCCUGCUUGCUAGAUUCUCACCGUUGCCUUCCUACAUCAUUAACUACGCUCUAUCAGCCACGGAUGUUGGAUUUUUCAGAGAUUUUCUCCUUCCCACAAUUGUCGGCUGCUUACCAAUGAUACUACAGAAUGUGUCAAUUGUAAGCCUUGCCGGUGCAGCAGUGUCCUCCACUACAGGAUCUAAGAAGUCCCAUAUCUACUCUUACUUGUUUCCGACAAUAGGUAUUGUGUCCAGCAUUCUCAUUUCUUGGAGGAUUAAGCAGUAUUCUUCUGCCCUUGCUAUCCCUGAAGAGCUUAAAAGUUCACCUAGUAAUGGAAAUGCCAACGGGGAUGCUAAGCUGGUUUCGGUGCCAUCUGAAAGUACCAACUCCGGGAAAACUAGGAAGAGGAGGUGACUGAAAGUAUAUCCCUGUAUUUACAACAUUGUGAUGACAACCACGGCACGUGAGGCAGCUGCCGCCAGAUGCUACUCUAAUUUCCACUUUGGUCAAUGGCCACAGUGAGAUAUGCUAUCUGUUUCAUGCCAUUGUUUUUGGGCGUUCUACAGAUACUGAGUCAGCUACCUUCUUGUUCCUACCUUUUGAGCUUCUCGUCUGAUGAUAGCGUAAGGUGAAUUUGGUAGGAGCUCGGAUGUUGUACACAUAAUCUAGAGUAAUCUGGUGUUUUAGGUUUGUCUUGUUCAACUAUAUUCAGGGAAACCAUUAUUGUUUUUUCUCCAUAAUUGUAUUGAACUCGAUAUGCACACAACAAGGUAAAAAUCAAAUGCUCUUUUGGAUCAUAA